AUGACAUCAUCCGGCACUGCUGACCAUGACAAGCGUUCGGGGAAGCAUGCAAACCGUUCUGUCAUGGGGACAAUGGGUUGUCAGAAGACUUGCAAGGUGGAGAAACUCCUGAAACAGUCUCAGUGGGAGGCAGCGUGGAGUCAGAGGCAAAGGUUAGCCACAGCUAAGAAGAACAGCCGGAUGAGAGGCACAGAUAAGCUGAGAAAUGAAGUCUUGCCCCUCCAGCUCCCAGGUGUGCAGCAUUUGGACAGCUUUCGUCUUCUAGAGGACAACAGCGGAGCUCUGAGACUCAACCCGGGGACCCUGAGCCACCAAAGGCAAAAGCAAAAGUUACUGGAGACUGAGAUCAGCACCAGAAGGAAGGAGUGUGAAGCACUUGAGGCGGAGGUGAAGAAAAAGAAUCAAACAUGUCAGACUUUGGAGAAUGAGCUUCAAGAUUUCCUCCAGGAGAACAAACACUUGAACCUCCAGCUGUUCAACAAUAGCCACAAGACAUCUGAGUAUGAGAAGGUGAAGUCUGAGUAUGCCCAGCUCAAAGAGACCCUUGGUGCUGUGACGCAGGAGAGAGAUUUAGCCCUGUGGGAGAGGAACCAGCUCCAAGGCAAACUGGAGAACCUAGAGCAGGUGCUCAAGCAUAUGCGCGAGGCUGCGGAGCGGAGGCAGCAGCUAGAGUUGGAGCAUGAGCAGGCCUUGGCUGUACUCAAUGCAAAGCAGCAGGAGAUUGAAGUUCUUCAGAAGGCUCAGGUUGAGGCAAAAAAGGAACAUGAAGGCGCUGUCCAUCUGUUAGAGAACCACUUGGACAGCAUGCAGGCCAAAGUCCGCGAGCUGGAGGAAAAAUGUCGGUCUCAGAGUGAGCAGUUCAACCUCCUCUCUAAAGAGCUGGAGAAGUUCAGGCUCCAAGCUGGGAAGUUUGAUAUCCUCAGCACUGAACCCUUAACUCUAUGUGAAUCUCCGGGGUCGCCCAACAAAUCCCUCUCACAGCUCCUGAAUGGACUGGCUGCUCCCAUAGGAAAAGGCAAUGAGGCUCCAACAAGCAGAUCUUUGAUAUCUGAGUUCAUUCGACCACUCCAGAUCAGUGGAGACAAGCCCGAGCUCCUCUCUGUGAAGCCAACAUUCCUAACUCGCGGUCGAGUCAGCAGCCCAGCACAGGCUUUCCUCUCUGAGAUGGACAAAGAGCUCAGCUCAACCACCAGGUCCAAACCAAGGUUCACAGGGAAGGUUCGUCUGUGUAUUGCACGUUACAGUUACAAUCCUUAUGAUGGGCCUAAUGAGCAUCCUGAGGCAGAGCUCCCUCUGGUGGCAGGGAAGUACCUCUACAUUUACGGGACAAUGGACGAGGAUGGCUUUUACGAAGGAGAGCUGCUGGAUGGACAGCGGGGACUUGUCCCGUCCAAUUUUGUGGAUUUUAUCCAAGAUGAGGACACACCCUCUGUCCAACACAGGGACACAGUGGCUAAAGAGCCUGGCUACCUCAACCACAGUAGCCUGGGUUCUCAGAGAUUGAAAGUUGGCACAGGAACGGGAACGAGCAUAAGCAGCCUGCUGUCUGACACUAAACUAGACUGUCUAAGCACCAGCAGCUUGGGCAUGGACCUCCUGGGCUCCUCCAGCAACGGGACAGGAACCCUGGAUGUCAGCAUCGACGAGGUCGGCGAAGACAUUGUGCCUUAUCCCCGCCGCAUCAACCUGAUCAAACAACUGGCCAAGAGUGUGAUUAUUGGCUGGGAUCCUCCUGUGGUCCCACCAGGCUGGGGCACCAUCAGUGGCUACAAUGUCUUGGUGGAUAAGGAGUUGCGCAUGAGUGUCCCCUACGGGGGCAGGACAAAGUCCCUUCUAGAAAAGCUCAAUCUGGCCACCAACACCUACCGAAUCUCAGUGCAGAGCAUCACUGACCGGGGCCCGUCGGACGAGCUCCGGUGCACUUUGCUUGUGGGGAAGGACGUGGUGGUGGCACCUUACUACCUGCGGGUGGACAGCAUCACGCAGGUCUCUGCUGAGCUCUCGUGGAUGCCCAGCAACAGCAACUACUGUCACACCAUCUUCCUAAAUGGUGCAGAGUACGACAUGGUCAAGGCUGGGGGCUAUAAGUACAAGUUCUUCAACCUGAAGCCCAUGACGGUUUACAAGGUGAAGGUUGUGGCGCAGCCGCAUCAGGUGCCUUGGCAGCUUCCGAUGGAUCAGAGGGAGAAGAGGGAAAUCUCUGUGGAGUUCUGCACUCAGCCUGCAGGGCCCCCUCUCCCUCCCCAGGAGGUGCAGGUCCAGUGUGGUCAGACGCCGGGGCUCCUGCAGGUCAGAUGGAAGCCGCCGCCUCUGACAUCUUCAGGAACCUCCAACGGUGCCAGUGUGAUUGGCUACGCCGUGUGCACAAAGGGACAAAAGAUAGCAGAGGUCUUAUACCCCACAGCAGACUAUGUGACCGUGGAGUUAAACAGGAUUCAGUGUCUGGAGGCCAGGGAAGUCAUUGUAAGGACGUUAUCAACACAAGGAGAGUCCCAGGACUCACCUGUGGCCAUCAUCCCGCACAAUCUCUUGGGCUCUCCGCGCCUCUCCCACCGAACCACUGCGCCUCCCCAUCCUAUGGCCCACCCGCAGUCCCAUCCGGUACACUCACAAACCCAUCCUCCGUACCCGUCCACUUACCCCCCGAAUCACCCUCAGCCCCAGGUGCAACCUAUGCCCCGAGCCCAGCCCCACACUUUGCCCCACGCACAGCCACACUCACAGCCCAUCUGCCAACCCCCUCCUCAUUCCCAGCCUCAUUUCCAGCGCCACCCCAUGCCCAAGUCCAAACCGUUAGUAAGUGCCAGAGAGCCAGAAACCAAAGAGCAUGAGGUGGGACUGCGGACAGCCCCGCCCUGGGAGCGAUCCCCCUCUCCGCUGCCCCCCAUGCGUGGACCCAACCUGGAGCCGCCGCACUUCCAGCCACGGCGAUCGCCCUCUCCUCAGAGGAUCCUGCCACAGCCUCAGGGAGUCCCCAUCCCCAACACCAUCGCCAAGGCCAUGGCCAGGGAAGCUGCCCAGAGAGUGUUUGCUGAGGGCAACCGGGUUGAAAAAAGGAAUAUCUUUAGUGAGCGAGGUAAUGCCUUGCAUCCACUCAACUCUGAUGAGGAGGAGGAUGGAUACGACUCUCCUCAUGCGAGGAGGAGAGGAGCCUCAGUGGAUGAAUUUCUCAGAGGCUCAGAGUUGGGCAGACAGCACCAUCAUCACCACUACAGCCACAGUGAGGAGUACCACACAGAGAGCAGCCGGGGUUCAGACCUGUCCGACAUCAUGGAGGAGGAUGAGGAAGAUCUUUACUCUGAGAUGCAGCUGGAGGAGGGCCGCAGGCGCAGUAUCAACUCUCACAACACUCUUAAGGCAUAUUACAAGCGUCAGGACUUAGCUGAGGAAAGAGACUGCUGGGAUCUCCAGAGGGAGGUGGUGAAGCAGAAGUCGCUCCGCAGCAAGCGUCUCCACAGCAUCCCCGAGGUGGAGGAAGAGUCCGACUGCGUGGACGGCAUGGGCCAACGCCUGUGCUUUGAAGAGGGCGGUCGGCCGGGGACGCCGCACACUCAGCGGAGGAUGUACCCACAGGACACCCACAUGCACAACCAUCUCACCCCCAGCAAGAACUCCCGCCACCUGCAGCGCCAGCGCUCCUCCCCUCGCUUCACCGACAGCCGCUACUGCUACAACGCAGACGACCGCAUCUUGGUACGACCCAACCGGCAGAACACCAAGAGCCCUGACAGUGGUUUAGACUGCGGCAGUGAGGAAGAGGGCUCUCUGGGCCGGGGUUAUCGAGGGUACUAUGCUCACGGGAGCCCCAUGCGGGGGCCCGUUCACAUCAUUCACUGUGAAGGCCCGGUAGAAAGGCGUGCGCUGGCUAUGGGCCGUAAAAGAACUCUGACCCGCCAGUGCAGUGUAGAGGAGGAGUUCUCUGACAUCCCAGUGACUGCUGCCAAGUCAGUACACACAGGUGACUUUAGGAACAGGGAGCACUUUGGGCCUGGUCGGGAUGGUGCGCUGCGAAACUACUCCAGGGAAGCGGCCCUGAGCGAGGGCAGGCUGAACGAGCUGGACAGGGCCUAUUACAGCCCCCACAGGGAGGCUAGGGCCCAGUCUUUGUCCAGGCUCAACCGGGACCAGCCGCUGAUCAUUGGGAACUCACCAUCACAUGGAAGCGCUGAUCGUCUGGACCACUCAGGGAGGAGGCCGGUUCACAUCGGCAACCCCCCUCAGCAACGGCCCAUCCCAUCCAUUGAGAUCACCAUGGACAGUAACAGUGAGGGGAGUGAGGGGAACCUCUCACCCGUCAAGGAGGAUGUUUACUAUGGCAGUGUAGCUCGGCGCAGGAUAUGGCGAUCUAUGUCCUCAGAGGAUCAAUAUGACGGCUAUGGCGGUCGCAGGCACGGGCGGGGACGGCGCUCCGCGGAUUACUAUGAGGAGUCAGAGCCGGAGGAGAUGACCCGUGUGUUUGUGGCUCUGUUUGACUAUGACCCCAUGUCCAUGUCUCCCAACCCCGAUGCUGCUGAUGAGGAGCUGCCAUUCAAGGAGGGCCAGAUCAUCAAGGUCUUUGGAAAUAAAGACACUGAUGGCUUCUACAGGGCGGAGGUCAGAGACCGAGUGGGUCUGAUCCCCUGUAACAUGGUCUCUGAGAUCCAAACUGAGGAUGACGACAUGAUGGAACAGCUCCUCAAACAGGGUUUCCUGCCACUCAACACUCCUGUGGAGAAGUUAGUGAACUGUGACCGUUUCAAAGAUGGCCGCUCAAUAAAUCGCAGGUCCAGAAAGUCCAAGAGAGAGAGGAACAGGCGGAGUGGCCGUCAACAUCCGAUGUCAACGCGCAGAAUGGUGGCUCUGUACGACUAUGACCCCCGAGAGAGCUCCCCUAACGUAGAUGUAGAGGCUGAACUGACUUUCUGUGCCGGUGAUGUCAUCACAGUUUUUGGUGAAAUAGAUGAAGAUGGCUUUUACUAUGGCGAGCUCAACGGACACAAGGGACUUGUUCCUUCCAACUUUCUAGAAGAAGUGCCUGAUGAUGUAGAGGUUUUUCUCACUGACUCACCAUCUCGAUACCCCCAGGACACUCCUGCACGGAUAAAGACCAAAAGGAAGAAGAGUGUUCAUUUCACACCUUAAAGGCUCUGUUUCCGUCACGUUCCAUUGGAAAAAUCGGGUCCGCCCAGAAGAGCAGGCUCUCCUACAGUGCGUCCAC